AUGGCCAUUUCACACUGGCUUCCUCCCUUUUCCAUGCAAACGUUGCUCAUUUGCGUGCUUUGGUACCUGGUGCUGUCCUUCACUUCUCAGGUGACGAAGGUUAUCAUGGUGGAGUUGCCGUACCCGCUAUUCCUUUCACAGUUCCAGUUCUUCCUCGGGGCGCUUCUAUCGGUGCUGAUGAUCCAGAUAUCUCGAAAGUUCUCCCGUUUCCACCUCAUCUUCCCCACAGGCACGGUGCCCCUGGACGGAUCAAGUGCCGUGUUUGACAAACGCAUAUUCAUCAAGGUGCUCCCAUUGGGCGUGUUCCAGUUCACGGCAAAGUACUUUUCGCUCUGUGCCACGCUGUUGAUCCCCGUGGCCACCGUGGCCAGCGUCAAGGCCCUCUCGCCUUUGCUCAUUGUUGCUGGUUACCGCUGUUUCUACAAGGUCCACUUCCCCGUUCUCACAUACCUCCUGUUGGUGCCGCUUCUUAUCGGCGUCAUCAUGAUCAUCAUGGCAGAUGCUGGCUUCUCUGCUCUGGCGUCGUUUGGUCCAGUUUUGAACGAGGCUCACGUCAAAGGAUUGCUCUUUUGCGUCUUUAGCACCGUGAUCAUGGCUACCCAGCAAAUCUACGGCAAAGAACUCAUUACCUGGGAUACCGGCGUGAUCGCCAAUCCCGCAUCCUUGGUCUUGAACACCGACAGAUCCCGUGCGGUGACGCCGGAAUUCGGCCCAUACCCUUCACCAAAGCACGAAAGCACCUCCAACGACUUCCUCCUGCCCCUGUCCAUCUUCAACAAAAGAAAAGAUACCCUCAGACUCCCGUACUCUGUGUCAGACUUGUCGCUUGAUGAGAAAAACGAGUGUCUCCAGAACAGAGCCCAACAUUACGACAUGGAGGUCCAGGAAGGAAACAGCGCUACUAAUCCAUUCUCAGCGCUUGCAUCUGCUGUCAAGGGUGUCGGCAAGCCCGACAAGUUCACCGUCAUCUUUUACAUCUCCCUCAUUGGCUUUUCCUUCUCCUUUAGCGGCUUUUGUGCCCGCGAGGCCGUCAGCUUAUACAAGGACUUGUCGGAACCCAUGCAUUUCGAAGGAGCGCCCGAUGAACACCACGACUUGGGCCGCAUGUUCGUGUUGAUACUCAUGAGCAGCUUGUCGCAUUUCUGCCAAACGGUAUUGGCAUUUGUAUUACUAGGAUCGGUGCCGGCAUUAUCCUACUCCAUUGCAUCGAUGAUGAAGCGUAUUGUGAUCAUUGUUGUCAGUAUAAUCUUUGCCUCGAGGCUCCUGGCGGGCACGGAGAAUCUCUGGUUUGGUGCCUUGACGGGCAUUCAAAUCCAAGGUCUUUUGUUAAUUGGGCUUGGGCUCUACUUCUACGACCGCUGGGGCUCUCGAAGCCUCAAAGAAAACCGGGUCUAA